GCAGCGGUUUGUGGCACAGCUCUGUCGCGGGCAACUGAACGCUUUAAAUCAUGCUGUAUUGACUGAAGAGAGGCUAGUACAAUCAAUGGCUUGGCUUUGAAAUCGUUCACAAUUUAUUGGAAAGGAGUGUGUGAGACGGGGGAGAGGGAGCGCGCGAGAGAGGAGAAAGAGAGGUGGAAAUAAAGAUUAUUUCAACGAUGGAACUUACAAUGGAAAACAUUGGAAAUCUGCACGGCGUAUCUCACUCUCAUCAAACGGGUGACUUAAUGAACUCUCCGCACCACGCACGGCAGUCCUUGGCGUCGCAUCGGAACUUGGUGUCACACGGACGUUCAGCCAUGGUGUCCAGUAUGGCCUCAAUAUUAGAUGGAUCUGGGGAGUAUCGCACAGACCAUGCAUUGUCCGGUCCCUUGCACCCCGCAAUGACCAUGUCCUGCGACUCCGGGAUGACCAUGAGUAGCACUUACACUACGCUGACGCCGCUGCAGCACCUGCCCCCCAUAUCCACAGUCUCGGAUAAAUUUCACCACCAUCCCCACCCGCACGCCCACCACCACCCGGCGCACCAGCGACUCGCCGCCGGCAACGUCAGUGGCAGCUUCACCCUGAUGCGGGACGACAGGAGCCUUGCCUCGAUGGGCAAUCUCUAUGGCCACUACCCUAAAGACAUGUCCGGCAUGUGCCAGUCGCUGUCCCCUCUUUCCAACGGCCUCGGGUCUUUGCACAACUCUCAGCAGACUCUUUGCGCUUAUGGUCCUGGCGCCCACCUCUCCAACGACAAAAUGCUCUCGUCCGGAGGCUUCGAGUCUCACGCAGCGAUGCUGUCCCGGAGCGAGGACCACCUAAACCGGGGAUUGGGGGGUCACGGGGCCGGGAUCAUGUCAUCCCUGAACGUUAUGCCCCAUCAUAGCCAUCCGCACUCUCAGGCUAACGGGUCCAUGCUCUCUGAUCGGGAGAGGCAGACGGCGGGGGGCGGGCAGGGAGGUGGUUCGGGGCAGGUGGAAGAAAUAAACACCAAGGAGGUGGCACAGCGAAUAACGGCGGAGCUCAAGCGCUACAGCAUUCCCCAGGCCAUCUUCGCACAGCGGAUCUUGUGUCGGUCCCAGGGAACCCUGUCUGACCUGCUGAGGAACCCUAAACCCUGGACUAAACUCAAGUCUGGACGGGAAACCUUCCGGAGGAUGUGGAAGUGGCUGCAGGAACCCGAGUUCCAGAGAAUGUCGGCGCUCAGACUAGCAGCCUGCAAGCGCAAGGAGCAGGAGCAUCACAAAGACCGCAACAUGGUGCCAAAAAAGCAGCGGCUGGUCUUCACGGACCUGCAGCGCCGCACACUCAUCGCCAUCUUCAAGGAGAACAAGCGCCCGUCCAAGGAGAUGCAGAUCACCAUCUCCCAGCAGCUGGGCCUGGAGCUCAACACUGUCAGCAACUUCUUCAUGAAUGCCCGGCGCCGCUGCGUGGACCGCUGGCACGACGAGCACAGCACCAGCCCCGGCCAGCCGGGCACCUCGGCCACCACUUUCUCCAAGGCCUGAGACGCCCGGGGGGAGCCACGGGGUGGCAUUGGGAUGGGGAGGUGGUACCUCCUGUAUCCCACUUCGUUCCCAAUAACCAUGUUGAUGCCUCCUCAUUCGUGCCAUGCAACCACGUCUUGGUCAGUCGUAACUGUAACCACCACGAUCCUGAACAUCUCACCACUGGACUGUUAUGAAGCAAGUGAAACGUAAAGGUAACAUGUAGUCAGGUCCACACAAGGACAAUCAUUUUUUUCCGAUUGAAUCAGCUUUCUGUUGAUGGUGUCAGUCCAUUUACACUACAGACACAAUGAUAUGUUGCUUUGUUUAAACAAUCUCAAAAUCAAGCCUCUGCCAGCCUCCCUAUCCAGGUAGUUGGUACUGAAUCCCUCUUCAGCACUCCCCUUUGUGUCUGCUACUCUGAGUCUCUCCUCACAUCUCUCAUCUCUCCACAAAGCAAAAAGGACAGAAGAACGGCAAUAAACAUGACAGCACCCAGCCCUGUGAUCCUACCCAGUUCUGUGAUCCUACCCAGUUCUGUGAUCCUACCCAGCCCUGUGAUCCUACCCAGUUCUGUGCAAAAGGCCAUCCUGGAAAAAAACAACACAACCCCGUUGAAAAAACAAAAGCUCAACCUCUCAUUUCCUCUCCUCCCUCUAUCCACUCCUUAUUCGCCAAAGGUAUUCCCUGAUGGCCAGCCAUUUCAGCGAGCCACUCGAAUCAUACUCUGGCAAACUAAUGAAUCGAAAAAUGAAUCGAUGCAGACAGGGAGAGGGAACGGGGCUUUGACCCUUCUUGAAGGUGAAACAGAAGACGCUUGGCAAUAAAGAUACUCAGAUCUGCCCGGCUGCCUAGGUCUAUAUUGUUGCACAGAUGUUGGAGGCCUGCAGGGAGACUUUCGUUGCUUGGGAGAAGCAGAAGUGUCUGUCGGGGAGGUGAGAGAGCGAUACGCCUGGACAUGCUCUUUGUUCAGGAGGGAGCUGCUUUUCACUGAUCAAUACAGAAACCAAGCGACAACACGGCCAGGCAGGCGACAAGCGAACAGCAUUAUAGCUGCUGUAUAGAAUGUAAGAGGAGCACAUGGAACCCAGUGGAGGUGGCGACACAAUGGCCUAACAGCUUCCCAGUCUGCUCUGCACACAAGGUGCCCUAGUGCCCCCUGCUGGUUAUAAGAGUAAGCUGCAGCCAGCAGUCCUCUAGGAAAGGCCUUUACGUGUGUUCCAGGGCUGGGGAGAGAGAGGCCAUGGCACAUGUUCAGGCCCUCGCAGAUCUCUGAAGGCAGAUCAAUAGUGAGCCAUUAUCCUAUUGUUGUUCCUCAUCCAACGAGGACUGGUGAAGUGGGAGGAGGGGAAUGGUUCAAGAAGCGCCCACUACCCUGGAAAAUAGAAGUCAGGUUUUUAGCAAACACUCCAAAUACGUUACCUUGAUGAUACUCACCAAGAAAAUAGAUGGCCUUGUGUCACAACCCAUACGCUAGGGUAUUGAAAGAUACACACAGAAACACAUACAGCUGAUAUAGAGAUAUGUCUCAGUUUCAUUUAGUGGACAGAGAGGUAAUGAUGGAUCCAGAAACAUUUGAGGUGCUACAGAGAUUUAGCUUCACAUCAUCAUUUAUGCAAAAAUGGUGAGGAGGUUUCCUGUUUUGAAACGUCUCAAAUUACACACAGUUUAGACGCAUUAUCCGUCUGUCACCAAAAAUAAUAAUCAGCAGAUUUGGAAAAGAGCUCAUUUCCCUCUGGAUAUUCCCACACAAUGGUUAUUAUCUGUGGCUAGCCAUCACACACUACAGUCACAAAUGCUACAAGAACUAGUGCCAAUGCUAACUGCCUUAAUGAUAAUCAGAGAAUAUGGUACUGCAUUCACACACAGCUACAGCGUACCCUACUCAUAAUGAUGGGCAGUACGUACCAUAGCAACCAACAAUCAACUUUUAAGUGAAUUAGAAUCUACUUUUUUAGAAAACGAAAAGUUAACCAGAUUUUAAGGCAUACAAUACCAAACCUCAAAACCACAAAGAUACCACAAUAUGUGUAACAAAGACAAAUCCACCAACACAUACUGGACACAUUUUUGAAACAGAGGAAAAUCUCUCUCUCUCUUUCAUUCUAUCUUUGGUUCUCUA